GGUCACCCGAAGGAUCAUCUCCCCGCGCUCAGGCCAGAACUCUGUUCUUCAACUCAAUAUGGGAGAAGGAAAAUCGUCAGUAAUCAUCCCGAUGGCUGCUGCGGCACUAGCACAGGGCAAAGCCCUUGUGCGGGUCGUGGUACUAAAGCCGCUUACCAACCAGAUGUUCCAGCUGCUCGUUGAGCGCCUGAGCGGACUUCUGAAUCGUCGUAUAUUCUACAUGCCUUUUUCUCGACAGCUUGACAUCGGGCCCGAGCGAAUUUGACUCAUUCAGAGCAUCUAUACGAGGUGUAUGGAGGCCGGCGGGAUAUUGGUUGCACAGCCUGAACACAUACUUUCGUUUAAAUUAAUGGGUAUCGAUCGCUGCGUACAUGCAUCGAUGAAUCCCGGGGAGGAACAGUCUUCUCGCGAUUUGUUGAAAGUACAACAAUGGGUACGGAAUACUCCAGGGAUAUACUUGAUGAAAGCGAUGAGAUCCUCCACUGUCGAUAUCAGCUCAUAUAUACCAUGGGACAACAGCGUUCUUUAGAAGGGUACCCUGAUCGGUGGACAACCAUACAACAAAUUUUCAGUCUCGUGGCAAGCUGCGUCGAAAUCAUCCA